ACACCAGCAGGACCUACUCUGGGCUUUAAAACCUGCGAACCCUGCCUCCAAACUGCCUGGGGGGUGAUGUGCUGAAGCGGCACAGGGGAGAGCAGCAUGAGCCUCCAGCUGGAGAAGCAGCUCCUCUUCCUCUCCCUGCUCUGCAUUCUCUCCAAGGUUUGUGCCCAGCUCUGCCGGAGACCAUGCUACUGCCCCUGGGUGCCACCCCGCUGUCCCCGCGGCUCCCCCCUGGUCCUGGAUGGGUGUGGCUGCUGCAAGAUCUGUGCCCGGCGCCUGGGAGAGCCCUGCGACUUCCUGCACGUCUGUGACCAGAGCCAGGGCCUCGUCUGUGACUACAGCUCUGCAUCUGCAGGGACAGGAGGCACCUGCAACUUUGAGGACGAUGAGGAGGGCUGCGAGGUGAACGGCCGGGUCUACCGAGACGGGGAGGUUUUCCAGCCCAGCUGCAAAAUCCAGUGCCACUGCUUGGACGGGGGCUUCAACUGCAUCCCGCUGUGCCAGGAGGAUGUGCGGCUGCCCAGCCCGGACUGCCCCUUCCCCCGGCGCGUGGAGAUCCCAGGGAAGUGCUGCCCGGAGUGGAUCUGUGAAGGCCAGGACCAGCCCCUCCCCCGGGAUGCCAGGGCAGAGGCCAAGAGGAGGUCGUUUGUAGCUGUGCCCACCCUGGAUUCACCCUGGAGCCAACACCUCAUCCCGGCAAAGAGUCUGGCACAAACCCAUGGCCCUGUGGUUACGGUGGAGAUGGAGGGUGUUUCCACUGGGAAAACAGAGAAGAAAUUAUGGACUUUGGCUGCAAAGGAGGCUGGAAACAGAGCAAGAUCCCCGUGUCACCAUCACCUGCCUCCUGUGUACACCGCGCUGCCCCAGGCAGGGUUACUGGGCAGCAUUCCGAGUUCCUUAGGCUGAAUGAAAUGGGAAAUGGGGAAACCCUGCUCCAAGCAUAAACCCACCCAAGAAACCAAGAAAUUGAUCCUUUCCUGGACCAGUGGGGCUUCUGAAGAGAUGAUGCUGCUUGUCUGCUACAUCAUGCAGCUCUGCUUUGCAGGGACUUCAAGAGAGACCAUCUCCAGCACCCGGAAGUCAAAAUCCCUGGAGAGAACCCUCAUGCCCUGGCCCCCAGGAAGGGAACAGGUCAUCAAGCUCCCUGUGACCCCACAAGUCACUGCCACACCAGGCUGAGCUGCUAAGCCACGCAGGAGCUCAGCCAGCCCAUGAUACCCACCCUGCCUUCCCGGGCAUGGGCAGGGUCCUCCUGACGGCAGCUCUAACUCACCUUCCCCUCAUCCCUCCAGAAUAAACACGAGCCUUCCCGCUCUGCCUGGCCUCCUCCUCUGGUGGUUUGGCAGGGCUUCGGCAAGCCAGGAGCUCAGACAGCAGCAGACAGACCCGCCUGCCAUCCAAGCACAUUCCCCGCGAGCCGGGGCCAGGGGAGAAGCAGGCAAAGGGAAAACAAAUCGCAAAGAUGAGUCGGGGCCGUCUCCCGACGGGCUGGAGCUGCUCCAGCCAUGCAGGAGUCGGCGCAGGAGAGCUGCUCGGCUGCUCUGGCUGUACUUUCUCCCAGUAAAAAGUCCUUCUGGGUGAUGGAAAAUGAAACCCAAAUGCCCUCUAACGGCCUCGCACAGAUGUGCAGAGGGAACGCGCGCUCCGCCGCGCCAAGGGCAGCUGGAGGAAACGUGUCCAGGUGAGAGACGGACUUCUUAGAUGGGUAUUUCUGGAAGUAAAAAUAAAGAUGUGCUCAUCCA